CAUUAUGGUCCGGUAACAGCCCGAGGAGGAGCGCGCGGGCGGACGGGGCAGUGCGCGUGAUCGCAACCAGGGGGCGGGAAAACAAACAACAACAACAACAACAACAACAACAACAAAACGCGGAUCAAUUAAGUGAGAAAGAAACAUUUUGUUGGAACAAUUUAUCAGGAGCUUGAAAAUACUCGAGGGGGGAAAUUCAGUCGCGAGAAGGGCCAGUUUGAUUUCGGGGCGGGGGGGGGGGGGGGUAUCCUCCCCACCUGAGUCACCUGUCGGAGCUGCUCCCGCGAGUCAAGAGCCCAGUUUUUUUGAAAAAGAAAAGAAAAGAAAAAGGAGAUCUGCAGUGAAGCCAUGGACCCGACCGGUGCUCCAAAGGGAUGUGGCUCCAGCAUCAGCUCCAUAUAUUACAACCUGUGUGACCUGACCACAGUGUGGGGGGUCGUUGUGGAGGCCGUUGCUGCCGCUGGUGGGGUGUCUUCCUUUGUCCUGCUCAUCACCCUCAUUGCCUUCUUACCGUUUGUGACGGACAAGAAGAGAAAGGGCACGGUGGCCCUGCAGGCUGGCAUUCUGGUCUUCACCCUGGGACUCUUUGGACUCACUUUUGCCUUCAUCGUGGGCCGGUACUCCACCAGCUGUGAUGCACGCAGGUUCCUGUUCGGAGUGCUGUUCUCGGGCUGUCUAGCCUGCCUGGCGAUGCAUGGGCUGUGGCUUGCCCUGCUGGAGCGGAGAGGCCGGGGACCCAGGAGUUGGAUGCUAUGCCUGGGAGCCCUGGGUCUGUGGCUGGUCGAGGUGAUCAUCAACACAGAGUGGCUCAUCAUCACCGUGGUCAGGAGGCCACCGGGAGGUGUCACUGUCCCCGACCUGUCCUGCAGCAUCGCUAACCAGGACUUCGUGAUGGCACUCAUCUAUGUAAUGGUUCUCCUGCUUGCUGUUGUGCUGAUGGCUAUACCCUCACUGACACACAAGCAGUGGCGCAAGGAUGGUGCUUUCAUCCUGAUCACGGGGCUACUCACCGUGGCCAUCUGGGUCACCUGGGUUGUUAUGUACAUCCAUGGGAACGGAGUGGUCGGAAAUCCCAGCUGGGAUGAUCCUACUCUGGCCGUAGCUGUGGCGUUAAACGCCUGGGUGUUCCUCAUCCUCUACGCCAUCCCAGAAGUCUGCUUACUGACCCAGGAAGACCCGGACAAGGAGCAGCCCCAUGACGGGGAACACGUCUAUCCUACCAGGAGCCUGGUUUGUGACAGCAUCCUCAAGAAGCCGGAGAGCCCUCUCCAGAAUGUGCACCUGGAGAAUAAGGCUUUCUCUAUGGACGAGCCUCCGGCAGUGCCCAUGAAGCCAGUGUCUCCGUAUGGGGCUUACAACGGUCAUGUACGAAGUCGUGUGUACCAGCCCACUGAAUUAGCCCUGAUUGCCAAGGGGCUGUCGAAGAUGGACCAAGAUGCGAUGUACUUGCGAGCCACCCAAUCCUCUCUGCAUCCAGGAAGCAGCGGCUCCCUGCCUCGUUCAGCCACGUCCUUACCCUCCUGAGAACUGUCACACACAGGGAGAAUGUCGAGAGAACACUGCACUUUGAAAUAAAUCUUCAUCAGAGUUCCUAGUAGCAAAUAUAUAACGCUUCCCCCUUUCUCUUCCUUCAGGAAGAUACGUUAAAUGAUCACAUCCCGUGUUGAAUCCCCCAGCAAUAUGAGUUCAUUUCACACACUUCCUAAUUGUCUUACACUAUUUUUGUUCCCUUUUUUUGCGCCGAUUGUCUGUUCUGUGUGUACGGAGGGCGAGCGUCAAAAAACUAAACACUACGACAACUGGAGGAUUUCCACAUGGAAAGGUCCUCAGCUCAGCUCCUCUAUUUCAUUUCCAUUCUCACUUGUCUAUGGAAACUAGAGCUUGAAACCCUGAUGUCAACUGUUAACCUGCUUUUCUCACUUGUCGCUCCACUCACUGGACCCAUGAGAACCAUCAACCAAGAGAAAGAGUGGAAUGCACUGUAUGUGCCUCUGUGGGAAAGCAAUUACUCUGCCUUCUAUAAGGAAACUCAACUGACCGACUGUACUGUAUGUUGGUGGUAGAGAAACAAUAGACGAGGAUCAAGUACGAGGAUUCAAACGCAAAGUGGCUAUAGCCUUAGUUGUGUGCAGUAUCGAGUGAAUGUCUGUAAAUUGUGACUACAUUAACCAGUAUGAUUUUCUUUUUUAGUGCCGUCAUUCUUUGCUGACUGUCUGUAACAUACAUACCAGGUUCACAGGUUACAUAAUACAGUUGUGAUUCAGACUUUCCUCUGAAACCCAUUUGAUUUUGUAGUGUUCUGGAUUCAUGAAUUUCAUGAAAAAUAUGUCAUUUCUAACUUAUUUAGCACGUCAAGCUUAAUGAAAUCCUGUGAGAGGCUGUUGGGUCAUUUGAUUUUGUAACAGGCAAGCUACUCACGAGAAGGCAGCCAGAAAGGUGUAACAGGUGCCGAAAGAGGAAGUGUCGCAAGGCCAUCUAUACCGCCUGGAACAAGGAUUUACAUAUUUUGGCUUGAUAAGCUUUAUGGGGGGACAGACACACACACACACACACACAUACUAAUGGAGCCUCAGAGUGAGCCGUGGCUGCCUAGCAGCAGGCUGACUAAGCUCUCACCCACUGACUCCCUCCAUCCUGUACCGUCAGCGGCCACGAGUCAUUUCUCGCGAACUGCAAAUCAGACAGACCAGAAAACGUACAACUGUGCACUUUGACCCCCAACAGAUAUGAAAAAAAAAAAUGAUGCAUAGAGUUGCAAAACCAACCUGCAGAUAAGCAGUGCAGCUUGUCAACUGGGAAAAAGUGUAUCCAAAUGUAAAAAAAAGCAAGAGCAAAGAGGUUCGAGUUUCGUACAACAACAAACUCUUCACUCAGUAGUUACAGUCUAACGUUGCAGAAAAUGGAGCCCACAGUAUAAAUAUAUAAAAACAUUGCCAAUGUCUUGUCUUGCAAGGAUGUGAUUACAUAAGAGAAUGGGUCAUCUUGGUGUUGCACAAUAUCUUUAUUGUAUAGUUAUUGUUAAUUAUUUCAAUCCUUUUUUAUAAACACCUUAAAAAAAAAUCAAGACCUGGAUGCAACCCAAAGCAGCAGGGCUCCUUGAUGCACAUGCGUAGUCAGCAUAUAGAAAUAUGAAAUAAGAUAUGAAAAGGGCUUUGACAUUAAAACAACAGGGAUAAGAUUUAUCAUGACGGCCGGUGUGUGUGCGUGCGCGUGUGUGUGAGAGAGAAAUAGUGGGGACACAAAGUGUCAGUGAUAUUGAGCUGGGGACAAACAUUUUGAAUUUAAAACUGUUGUUUUAUGUUCAAAAUGUCCCAUAAAAAAUAACAUGAAAAGUCCAAUAUAUGUCUCUGAGUUCUACACAAUGUCAAUACUGGACGAAGAAUGAGCAAACGGUUAUAGUUUUUUUCUCUUUUCCGAAUCUACUGUAUAUUGUGGGAGUUCCGCCAGGGUGUGAAUCAAAAAUGAUUUAUUUAAAUAGGCUUGUCCUUGAACACAGGCGAAUCACACAGGUACUCAAAUUAAUUUCACUUCACGCUGAUGCCAAGAUAUUAUCGCUUCACUGAAUUUUCCAAAAUCACAUCAAGUAGUGUGUGGAUAGACGGCAGCUUCAGUCAAAUUGUGCUAAAUGAUAAUCGAUGGACUUCAAAAGGUCCAAAAACAGUAGGCCAACCAAGAUUUACUAAACAACAGUUCAGAUGAUGCUCACUGUCUCUUUAGAUUAUUCAGUGUCCAUCUAUUGAUGCUCAUCUGUUUUGGUUGUGUUGUCUGGCUGGCAGCAUCACCCCUGACAGCUGUCUCAUGCACAUGGACACGGGUGGUUUCAUGACCAGUGGCUGUUGGGCUCGUCUCAGGGGAGCAGGCACUACCAAUCACAAGCAGCUGUCCCCACUUUAUGCAUUUCCUUGUCACUGUGACAACCCUCGGCGGACAAACACAAGACAAAAAACAAAAAAAACAACUUGCCGGUCGACCUGAACAAACAGAAAUGACUGAACUCGAAGGCAACACAAC